AACAGUGAGGGAACAGGGGUGGAGAGAGAAAGAAGAAAACAGAAUCCGUGACGGAAAAUAAGCGAGGGAAUCACGCUCGGGGAUUCGCGCGUGAGCCAAGGCCACGUCCACGUAAUCAUCUCUCGGAAAAAUAAAUUACAAUUAAUAUUUCUUCUUCAGGUUUUGGGUUCACUUUUGAUGCUCCCGUCGCUACCCAAACCCAACACAUACUAUUCUGAUUCUCCACCUUCAUAAAACUUCUCUCCUUUUUUCUUUCUCUUCUCUAUUUCAUUCAUUCAUUCCCAAUAAUAAUCCCUCCUCUUUUCCUUUCCGAUUCCAACUUUAUCCAUUCCCUUUCCCUUUCUUUCCUUCUCUGUUGGAAGAGAGGGAAACAGCAAACCCACCGCCAUGAAAGCACCGGAAGAAGAAGCCGACACAACCGCCAUCUCCACCGAGCUUCUCUCCUCUCUCAUGGACGAAAUCCUACUCGUCCAGACCUUCAAGGGCAAGUGGUCCCUCAUCCGUGCCAAGCUCGAUGAUCUCCGCCCUCAGCUCGCCGACUUUGCCGAUUCCCCCGACGCCGCCUCCAACCCCCUCUCCAUCGACCUCCUCCGCUCCGUCGCCGCCGCGCUCAGCGACGCCAUUUCGGUCGCCAGGCGGUGCCAGAGCCCCAGCCUCGCCGAUGGUAAGCUCCGGACGCAGAGCGACGUCGAUGCCGUGCUCGCCAGGCUCGAUCGCGUUGUCAGGGACGGGGAGAUUCUGCUAAGGAGUGGCGUUCUCAGCGACAACAACCGCGCUGUCGUUUCGAACUCCGGUAACUCCGGCUCGUCGUCGAGGAGGGAGGCCGUACGUGCCGAGUCGAGGAAUUUGAUAACUCGGUUGCAGAUUGGGACCCCCGAGUCGAGAAACUCGGCCAUGGAUUCCCUCCUAGGACUCCUGCGAGAGGAUGACAAGAACGUUAUGAUCGCUGUCGCACAGGGAGUCGUCCCGGUCUUCGUCCGCCUCCUCGAUUCGAGCUCCUCCGUCGAGAUGAAGGAGAAGACCGUCGCGGCGAUUUCUAGGGUUUCGAUGGUGGACAGCAGCAAGCACGUCUUGAUCGCUGAGGGAUUGCUGCUUCUGAACCACCUGCUUAGGGUUUUGGAUUCCGGAAGUGGAUUCUCCAAGGAGAAAGCUUGCGUAGCCCUCCAAGCUUUGAGCUUUUCGAAGGAGAACGCUAGGGCAAUUGGGUCAAGAGGCGGAAUUUCGUCUCUGCUGGAGAUUUGCCAGGCCGGUACGCCCUGUUCGCAGGCUUCCGCCGCUGGAGUACUGAGAAAUCUCGCCGCUUUCGCCGAAAUUAAGGAGAAUUUCAUCGAAGAAAACGGGAUUGCCGUCCUUCUGGGGCUCACGAGCUCCGGGACGGCAUUAGCACAGGAAAAUGCGAUCGGAUGUUUGUGCAAUUUGAUCUCUGGUGAUGAAAAUUUGAAGCUUUUAGUAGUUAAAGAAGGCGGAAUUGAGUGUUUGAAGAAUUUCUGGGACUCGGCCCCGUCGGUUCGGAGUCUUGAAGUCGCCGUCGACUUGUUGAGCCACUUGGCUUCGCUGUUGCCGGUCGCCGAAGCGCUAUGCUCCGACGGGUUCGUAGCCCGCCUUGUUAGCGUGCUGAAUUGUGGCGUUUUAGGGGUGAGGAUCGCGGCUGCUCGGGCGGUUAGUGAGCUCGGUUCGAGCUCGAGAACGAGGAAGGAGAUGGGGGAAUGUGGCUGCAUUGGUCCUCUGAUAAAAAUGCUGGACGGAAAGGCCGUCCAAGAGAAAGAAGCCGCGGCGAAGGCGUUGUCGAAGUUGAUGUUGUGCACGGUGAAUAGAAAGAUUUUUCGGAGAGAUGAGAAGGGAAUUGUGAGCGCAGUCCAGCUUUUGGAUCCCUCACUUCGGAAUCUAGACAAGAAAUACCCCGUCUCGGUUUUGGCCUCACUUUCGCAUUCGAAGAAGUGCCGGAAGCAGAUGGUUGCCGCCGGGGCUUGCGCAUACUUGCAGAAGGUUGUUGAGAUGGAUGUUGAGGGCUCAAAGAAGCUCUUGGAGAGCCUUGGCCGUGGCAAGAUGUGGGGUGUUUUUGGCUGACCCUAAUGAUUAAUAACAGUUUAGAAGAUUGUCUUCAAAUGAGAAUGGCAAAUCAGGGUAUAGAAAAAUGAAGAAGAUUUGUUGUUUGAUGUGUAUGUAAAAUAGUUCUGCUGUUUGAUCUUUUUUCUUUUUGUUUACUUUUUUCCUUUCACCCUGUUGAUAAUUGUUGUUUAUUUGUGGUAGAGAAAAUAUUGUUAGCUUUUUCGUGAUCAACACAUCGAUGUAGAGACAUGAUUUAGGUUUGUCACCUAACUGUUUUGGCUUUUUGUUCGUUUUUCACUCUGAAAGCUUAAUAAUAGAUUGAAAUUGCAGCCAAGUGUUUGGGCUUAUAUUGCAUUUGUACACUUCAUUUGAUUGAAUUCACAAAGGUAGCAUAUCCUUAUCAGUGAAAGUUAA